GCGUGCUUUGCCUUGUUAGAGAGCGAAGGUUCGAGUUUUUCGAAACGGAGUGGUCAGGAGCAAGCAGCACUGCCGAUAAGUCGGCGUAGAUGGCAUUACUGAUGCCCGACAUCAAUCUCCGUCGUGCCAAGGUCCACCUCGAGCGCUAUUGGCGCCAAUUGCUGGGAGACCGACCCAGGCGCUUGAUAUUUCGAUCCAAGUCCGUUGCUCAGGCUAAAGUCAGCCACGAUGCACAGCCAGAGAAUGGGAAUCCCGCCAGUUCCGUCGAGGUCGCACCACGGAUUCAAAAUCUAGAGCUUGACCCGGAAAUGGAGGACCCCGGUGCUACCGUCAAGGAGAUUGAUCGUGGCUGUGAUGACAAGCGCAGCAGCGCUGAUUGUGGAUCUUUAUCGGUGGCGCAAAGCGAGAGUUGCAACCAGGAGACGGAGACCGAAGCUGCUGGCGACGGCAAAGAGAAGAAUGAGGACCAGCACGAGCACGAGUUGAAUCCAGUACCCACUGUCAACGAUGCAAGUGCAGACGAUAACCCAGAGUGCAAUCAAUCUGCUAGCUCAGAAAGCGUUGACGAAUUCCAGAAGUCGGAAGCGGAGCAAGCUCCGUCGUCAACAAGCACAACUGGAACAUCAUCGUCCGUGAGCUCCAUAUUCAGCGUAUCAUCCUCUGAAAGUAAGACCAAUUGUGUUGGCAAGCCACCACUAUCCCGUCGUGUGAGCAAAGAAAAUCGAUCAAGUUAUUCGCCGGAGAAGAUGCCGCAGUCCAAGUACAUUUCACGGGUGCAAGGCCCGACGCUGGGCUCGAUCUUGCAGCGAAUCCAUCUCAACGAUGGUGAUGUCAGCGAGCUGGACUUCUCCACCCUCGCGAAGCGCAAUAAACGGCUACAAGCUGAAGGAUGCGCUCUUGUGGCACGCUCUCUGUCGACCAACCACACUGUUCGGAAGCUUAUUAUCCGGGAUCAUGCUAUCGGAGACGAUGGAGCUGUCGCUCUCUCGAAAAUGCUGUGUAACAACACGACUCUGGAGUAUCUGGAUCUGUACGGCAACAACAUCGGUGAUCGAGGAGCUGAAGCAUUGGCACAAGCACUGUACGGACACGACUCGUUGAGGCGUCUGUGUUUGAGAAGCAACUUGAUAACGGAUCGUGGCGCUACAGCGCUCGCUCAGGCCAUUCGUUGCAACUGCGCACUCAAAUCUCUGGAACUGAUUCACAACCGGGUCACGAAGGUGGGAGCCCAGGCACUACUAGACGCUUUGGACGUCAACUUUCAUUUGGAAACGUUGACUCUGGAUGCAAACGAUGUGCCGGCGUUCGUUGCGAGUCAGCUUGCAGCGGCAUUAGCACGCAAUCGUGCCGAGUCGUUGAUUCUGGAAUCCCAUGCCGCAGAGAAGCAGGCUGUGAAAAUCGUACGAAGAGCCAGCGGCUUGGACACGGAAGAUGAAGAUGAUAGCGAUAGUGAGAAGGAGGAGGAAGAGAACUGGGAGGAGGAUGACUGGGAAGAUGACGAUGGUGAUAGUGUUUCGAGUGGCUUCUUGAGUUGCUCUGGUGUCACGGAUAUUCCGUUGAGCAGCAGCGGCUUAUGGAUUUAAAAGUUCCGGUAUAUUAACCCCGCCGAACAUAUAAAAGUCAACUCGUAGAAAACGAGAAUGAAGUUCCGUCGACAGUUGUCUUUGCUUCAUCUAUAA